ACCGAAAUUCACGAUUUAGCGAUUAAAGCCAAUACGGAGAGGAGAAGACGUUGCAAAAACGGCGAGAAAAGCAAGAGAAUCGACCUCUCGGCGUUGGUGGAGAACAUGUCCCAGCAGAACAUCUUCCGCAGGUGGCUACAUACACAGCGCGUUCCAGCAUCAUCCUGGGUGAUCAUUUCCCCCCCACGUGCGGCAGAUGCCAAUCCUCCUCAGCGAGCAACUUCGAAAUGGAAAGCCCAGAUGCCCCAGCAAGACUGCGUAUCGCGGUCGAUUCGGUGGCGGUGCGUGGGUGGGUUUUGCCCGGAUGCGUAUUUGUGGACAGCAUCUGAGGCGCCGACGAAUCGCCGGCGAGUUGCCGCCGGGUCGCGAGCACAUCUCCAGGACGAGAUACCCGUGGGCUCCUCGUGGGCCGUCCGCAGGCUAUUCGUGGGUUGUUCAAGGGCACUCUCGAGUUCGCCACCGAUCCGAAGGUAGCCCGGUAGCGGUUCGGUGGCAGCUCGCCGGCGGGUUUCUUUGCCUGUGGGGACUCGCCGUCGCGAUCGGUCGCGGAAGUCGUGGCGGGCGAAACAGACGGCAAAGCCGAGCGAAAUGUGCAAGACAUCUCGGUGGAUGGAAUCCGCUUUACGGAGGGACACUGGGAUUUCGCGCCACGGGAAGCCUAGGGGAUUAUCUUAUGUCCUCGAAGCAAUAAUAAUCGUCGUGGCGUUGUCAAGUGCGUAUACGGCUUUCGCGAUGGAAGCUCGGCUCCGGGAUGCGUUGAAACUAUAUAAUCUGAAUAAU